AUGAAAGAUGUUCACAGUCGACUGUACACUGGAAAACAGCAUGCAAAGACUAGGGCCUUAAUACGUAUGAUUAAGGACAGCUCGGCAGACUGCCUCCAAACAUCUGAACGUAGGACGGGAUGGCCUAACGACAGGACUAGGGCCUUAAUACGUAUGAUUAAGGACAGCUCGGCAGACUGCCUCCAAACAUCUGAACGCAGGACGGGAUGGCCUAACGACAGUAGGGAUACGCGCGACUGUGAGGUGGCUUAG